AUGACUGCUUCAAGCCCUCAUCCGAGUCCUCAGCUCCAGUGGUCCAUCUACUGCCGACAGAUCUGCAGAAGUUAUGAGAUGCAUCUCAACAUGGACCAGAAUCUCAAAGGAAAGUUUCCAAUAUCUUGGGACCAUGAAGACCUGAUGCUGAGAGCAAAAACAGCUGCGUCCAUGUGCUGGUUGCCCCGGCUCCUCGCCCGCUGGCUCUCCUCAGCUCUGUCUCUGCUGCUCCUCAGUGCAGUGGGCAGACAGACGGGGGGUCUGGAGUGGGCUCAGGCGAUGACGUGCACCAGGUGGAGCGCACUGAACAACAAGGUCCUCUCUCAGGACGGGGACGUGAUCCUUGGUGGACUUUUUAAUCUGUAUUACAUACCUUCAGCUGUACAGCAGGACUUCAUCAAGCAGCCACGCUAUGAACCAUGCACUGGCUUAGAUCUGGAGACAUUGAAAUAUUUGUAUGCUUUGGCGUUUGCGGUGGAUGAAAUCAACAGGAACAGCUCCCUGCUGCCGGGAGUCAAGCUGGGCUACAGCAUAGUGGACGGCUGCGGCCGCUACCCGUGGGCACUGCAAGAUGCACUGUCACUGGUCGGAGGAAACACACGCAGCUGCAGCUUAACAGCAACUACGCCACAGUCUUCAUCGCAUGGACAACCUGGAGACAUAAGUGGGAAGCCUGUUCCUCUGCUGAUUGGGGCUUCCUCGUCCACAACAGGGAUAAUACUGUCCAGGACCCUGGGGCCUCUCUCUAUACCAAUUAUCAGCUACCUGGCCACCUGCCCCUGUCUGAGUGACCGGCUCAAGUUUCCUAACUUCUUCAGAACGAUCCCCAGUGACAUUUACCAGGCCAGGGCCAUCGCACGACUGGCCAUACGCUUCCACUGGACGUGGGUUGGGGCUGUACAUGAAGACACUGCCUAUGGUCAAUUGGCGAUGCAGGUAUUUAAGGAGGAGAUUAAGGGCAAGGGGGUAUGUCUGGACUUCGUAGAGACCGUCGACACAGAGACCAUUGUGAGAGAUGCCAGACGAGCGGCGCUCACAAUUCAAGCUUCAACUGCGAGGGUGAUUCUCAUCUUCUGCUGGUACACUGACGCAAAGAAGCUGUUUCUGGAGCUAAAUGAAAGAAAUGUGACUGACAGACAGUUUCUGGCCAGUGAGGCCUGGAGCACCAGUGACGAUCUCCUCCAGGACCCUGCCGUCUCCAAUGUGGCCAGCGGCGUUCUUGGCGUGGCCAUCCAAAGUUCAACAAUACCCGGGUUUGAAAAAUAUCUCAGGAAUCUGCACCCAGUUCGUCGUCCGCAUGACGGAUUCUUAAGAGACUUCUGGGAAAAGGUGUUUGGAUGCAGUGCAGGGGGGGCUGCAUCGUUUGUAUAUUACUUUUCAUCUCAUCGUGUAUCGAAUGGCUCCACUUCAUCUCCUGCCAAGGAGUCUGUUCAGAGAGCCUCUCUGCCCCCAUGCAGUGGCACAGAGUCUCUGGAGGGGCUGCAGCAUCCCUUCACUGACACCUCUCAACUCAGGGUGGUUUAUAAUGUCUACCUGGCUGUGUAUGCCGCAGCCCACGCCCUCCACAGCCUCCUCUCCUGCUCCAGCAGAGACAGAGACAUCUCAUCAUGCUCCUCUCCAGAUCACAUCAAUCCAAAAGAGCUGUUGCAGCACUUAAACCAGGUGAACUUUACCACACCACAAGGUGAAAUGUUUUAUUUCCAAGGAGCCGACACUCCGGCAAAGUAUGAUCUCGUCAACUGGCAGAAAACUCCAGAGGGGCCAAUGAAGCUCGUUCUGAUUGGCCACGUGGACGGGUUUGAUCUCCACCUUAACCAAUCAGCCAUUCAGUGGAGCAGGGGAUCCAAUCAGGUGCCAGUGUCAGUGUGCAGUGAGAGCUGUCCUCCAGGCAGCCGACUGGCCAACAGGAAAGGAGAACCUGUCUGCUGCUUCGACUGUAUCCAAUGUGCUGAGGGAGAGAUUAGCAAUAAAAUUGGUUCCCCUCACUGUGAUCCCUGUCCGUCUGAGUUCUGGUCCAACGCUGAUCGAACGGCCUGCGUCCCUCGCCAGCUGGACUUCCUGUCCUUUAAUGAAACUCUGGGCAUUACCCUGACGGCAGCAGCAGUGUCUGGUGCCACGGUGACGGCUGCGGUGUUCCUGGUUUUUGUUUACUACCAUCAAACACCCAUGGUGCGAGCCAACAACUCAGAGCUGAGCUUCCUGCUGCUUCUGUCUCUGAAGCUCUGCUUCCUGUGCUCGCUGCUGUUCAUCGGUCGUCCGUCAGUGUGGGCCUGUCGCUUCCAGCAGGCGGCUUUCGGGAUCAGCUUCGUGCUUUGUGUUUCCUGCCUGCUUGUUAAAACCAUGGUGGUUCUGGCUGUUUUCCGUUCAGCUCGGCCCGGUGCUGGAUCCUUGAUAAAGUGGUUUGGUCCGCGCCAACAGAGAGGAAGUGUCGGCCUCUUCACCUGUAUACAGGUUAUCAUCUGUGCCAUAUGGCUGUCCCUCAGCCCCCCCGUGCCUCAGCAGGAUUUUGGUAUCCGAGGGUCAAAGGUCACCCUGAGGUGUGCAAUGGCCUCUGUGGUUGGCUUCUCUCUGGUCCUGGGCUACAUCGGCCUGCUGGCCUGCUCCUGCCUCUUCUUGGCUUUUCUCGCCCGGAAACUCCCUGACAACUUCAACGAAGCCAAGCUGAUCACCUUCAGCAUGCUGAUCUUCUGCGCCGUCUGGGUCGCCUUCGUCCCAGCGUACAUUAGCUCUCCUGGGAAGUACGUUGUCGCUGUGGAGAUUUUUGCGAUCCUUGCCUCCAGCUAUGGUUUGCUGCUCUGCAUUUUUGCCCCGAAAUGUUUCAUAAUUCUCUUGAAGCCUGAGAAAAACACUAAGAAACACAUGAUGGCCAGAUAG